AUGAAGCCGGAACAAGUCCAGUCAGCGUUUGUCUUAUCGGCAUUGAGAAGCGGCGAAGACUGGACUACGGUAGUAAGUGAGGCGUCGCAGAUAUUAGACAAGAAGUGGAUAGCGAACCAAAAGCAAGAUCUCAGAAAGAAAACUUAUCCGUCGGGCGAAAAUUUUGAAGCUCUUGCCACCUUCAAAGAGUAUUGUGACAAGGAAGAUAAACUACUAGUGUUUAAGAUAAAUGAUCGAAGAUGCAACCCGGACCUACCAUCAUACGUGUUCAAGACAAGCAAAGCUCGCAUGCAAAUUGCAGAAAACAUGAAUAGAGACGGUAAGCACUUCAUGAGCAACGAAUAUUGUUUCUUCGACGGGAAAGUCAAAAGAUGUCGUAAUUAUGUUACACUCACGGCUAGUACGUACUAUCCACUACUUAAGCGGCAGAUAGUCUUGGCCGUGAUGGAAGCAGAAAGAGAAAAUUCUGAAAAUAUUGAGCAAUUUUGGACAUUGUUCAAUGAAGCAUUGAAACAUGCAACACAGAACAAAGAUGCAGUCUUUAAUCCAAUCGGAUGGUGUGUGGAUAUGGCGGGGUCAAACAUGAAUGGUUUAAAGGUGUUUGGAGAAGACGCUCUGCAGAGAAUAAAAAGCUGCGAGUUUCACUUUAAACAGAAUAGAAACAAGAUGGCUCAAAAGCUGAGCAGUGACGAGGAUUCCCAAGAAUUCAAAACGCUCUGCGAUGGUUUACUUCUGGCAAAUAUAAGGGAAACAUAUGAUGCUGCAAAAGAUGCAGUUUAUCAGUUUAUUAACGCAAAGCCCGAGAGAGCCUUUCUGUCUACAUGGGUUGAUUGGUGGGACCAUCGCAGAGCAUUUAUAUUUCGUGCUUUCUCACCAAGCACGGAAGCUCCAAACAUGAACCUCGCGGAAGUCAUCCAUGCCAGUUGGGCGCACCGCGACCGAGCUAAUCUUUCUCUUCUUGAUGCUGCUCAGGCAGACACAAGAGACAGUGUCCUACUGGAAGCAGAGCUAAAAGCAUUCGAGAAGGGAAACGUGAAAGGAGGUGUUGGUCCAAGUUAUGUGGAACGGCGAGAGCGAACCCAUAAAAAAGAAGUCUUGCCUGCUGCUCAAGUUGGCAAAGAAAUCUCGAAACUGCGAGGUAACUUAGCGGACCCUUCCUCUGGACACCGUCCUCCACUGGCAAAAACAGGCAACAAGAAGAAAAGGAACAACAUUCGAUCUACUGCAGGUUCCGACUCAUACAGCAACCCCACAGUUCCUUCUGCCCCCCAGUCAUGUCGGUCAUACACCAACCCAACUUGUAAUUCUGUCCCCCAAGAACCACACAGCAACCCGACUUUUCAUUCUGUCCCUCUACCACACAGUAACCAAACUGGUCAUUCUGUCCCCCUGCAGCACAACAUCCCAACAGGACAUUCUGUCCCCCUCCCACACAGUAAUCCAACUUGUCAUUCUGUCCUCCUUCCACACAGUAACCCAACAGGUCAUCCUGUCCCCCUACCACACGGUAACCCCACAGGUCAUCCUGUCCCCUUACCACACGGCAACCCAACAGGUCAUUCUGUCCCCCUGCCGCACAGCAACCCAAAUCCUGCCUCACAACACCCUACUAUGUGGCAUUCAGGUCUAUCACCGUUCCCUUACGAGUUAGUAAUACUGCCAAACAAUGUGAGAGUGUGUUAUGGUUGUUACGCUGCUUUUACAGACCAAUACCGCAAUUCGCCAUACAAUGUUGUGAUCAAGCAUUGCGACCGAAGGUUUAUACGGCGGGAUCAGGCAUCAGGGCAGCCAAUUUACUCUAUUGAUUUUCAAAACACUUAUUACCAUCUAGAUCGUAUGCACGUGCGGCGUAAGAAUCCACUUUUUAACGAUACCGUUCAAGUUUCCAUAGAGCUAUAUCAGUCCUUGGACUCCGCUCAAAGCGACUAUGUUUCAGCCAGUGGUUUACAGAUUAAUUUAGUUUAG